AUGAAUUUGAGUCAUAGUUUGGUUCUGGCCUUGCUCCUUGAAGCUGCUAAUGGAAUGAUCACUAAAACCCACAAAGGAGACUUGGGCCUUGGGCUCCCAGAGAAAAAGAAGAAGAAAAAGAAGGUGGUCAAAGAACUAGAGACUCAAUACUCAGUUUUAAACAGUGACAAUUACUUCACUGAGAUCUGUCCUACAAAAGCCACAUCCCCCUCAAAGAGUGUGGUCCUGGGACAGGCAUCUGAGAUGCCUCUAGUGAAGAAAAAGAAGAAAAAGAAGGGACAUAGCACCCUCAGUGAGCAGCACUUAGAACCUGAGACCACAUUACGUGCUGGACGGACAGAGAAGUUGCCGAGCCCCAGGAAGCAGGCUCUUGGUUCAUCUGAGUUCCAAGGUGGGGAGAAGAAAAAGAAGAGGAAGUCCUUAUGGCCUCCGGCCAUGUCCCCUGGCUUGAGAGUGAAGACCUUCCCGGACCCCAGACAGGGCGAGGAGGUGAUCAGCAUCAGCAAGAAGCCCAAAAAACACAAGAAGGAGAAAAAGGCCCAGGAGGCUGCAGCCUUUUCAGCCAAGGACCCUUGGUUCUGUGAGUCUGGGGAUUCUCUGUAUGCUUGCUCGGUGGGGAAGGAUGGAGAGGAGCAGACAGCCUCAGGGCGGAAACGGAAGCAGGAGAGCCCCAGGGAGCACAAUGUGAAGAUGAAGAAGAAAAAGAAAAUCCACCAGAAGGGAGACACCUCCCUAGGGCAUCUUGAGCUCUCCAAGUCCAUUGAGGGCAUCCCCAGGAAAGGAAGUAAGAAGCCAGUCAAAGUUGAGGCUCCAGAAUACAUCCCAAUAGAACAUAACCCCAAGUCCCCUGCAAAAAAGAAAAUGAAGGCCAAGAAAAAGGCAGAAAAGCCAGGCAUUGAGGAGCCAGCUCUGAGGAGGAAUAAAAAGAAGAAGGAGAAAGAGAGCAGAGUAGCAGGAGAGCCUUGUAAAGAGGAGCCUGACACAGACUUAGAGGUGGUGUUGGAAAAGAAAGGCAACAUGGAUGAGGCGCACAUAGACCAGGUGAGGCGAAAGGCCUUGCAAGAAGAGAUUGAUCGUGAGUCGGGCAAAACGGAAGCUUCUGAACCAAGGAAGUGGACAGGAACUCAGUUUGGCCAGUGGGAUACUGCUGGUUUUGAAAACGAGGAACAGAAACUGAAAUUUCUCAAACUUAUGGGUGGCUUUAAAAAUGUGUCACCUUCAUUCAGCCGCCCCCCUAACAUGACCGGAAGGCCCAACAUGGCUCUCAACAAGAAGGCGGCCGACACUCUGCGGCAGAACCUCCAGCAGGACUACGACCGGGCCAUGAGCUGGAAGUACAGCCGUGGCGCUGGCCUUGGCUUCUCCACCACCCCAGACAAAAUCUUUUAUAUUGACAGAAAUGCUUCCAAGUCCAUCAAAUUUGAAGAUUAAACUCUACUGUCUUGUCCUUCAAAACAGCCAGAAUUGCUUUUAUUAUUCAGUUGUGCAAAUGAAAGCCAUUUUACAGAUGUCUCGAGUCAAACCUCUGCAGAGAUUAAGGAAAACUUUGCCCAUGUGCUUGAAUGAACUGAGGUCAGGGAAGCUCCUGUUUCAGAAGUCAAGAGAACAUGUGAGUGGCUCACACUUACUAUUUUCUGUAUUAAGCAUUCCAUCCCUGAUUGAAGACAUCAGCAUAUAUAAAUGAUAGCUAAAUGUCUUGAGUGCUUAGUAUGUACCACGUACAUACUAAUGUGUCGCCCCUGCAUUAAUGUAUUUAAUCUUAAUAAUUAUGAAAUAGGUGCUAUUAUCCCCAUCUUAUAGAUGAGGAAACUGAGGUUCAGGGAUGAAGUAAUAAAAUUGCCCAGGUUCACCCAACCAGUCAGUGCCAAGUGUUGUACUUUUGUGCCCCAAGUCCUCUGUCACUAUUCACUACUCUGAAUGUCCCCCUCUAAGGAACUUUACCAGGAAUACUCACUGGAGAUUGAAAUCUCUUUUGAUUGAAGAAACAGAAGUUUUAUUAGAUGUCUAAAUCCCAAACAGGAAGUAGAAUUAAUGAUAAACAGGGAAGAGCAAACUCAUUUUCUUUUCCCAUCUUGGAGGAGCUACUGGCAAAGGGGGGUCUGAAUUGUCACCAAGCAGAUGUGACUGAGCUUCCUUUGCUGUUAGGAAAUGUGUUUCUAAACCAGUUUUGCCUUUUCUGACUUCCUGCUUUCCAUCCUCAGUGCUGAGCUUGGAUUUAGUCUUGAUGCUCUUAAUUAAAUUCUGAAAAAGGCAUUUUUAGAGAGACUAUUAGUCUUCGUGAACCAAUGACAAAUUCCUAGGGAUCUGUUUAUUAUAUUCUUUGCUACCAUGAGGAACAGAAUCCUAGGUGACUUAUGUGGCAGAGGUGUCAGGUUGUGUGGAGGAUGACACAGGAAGUUGCCUCCUCAUGAUCACAUUUCCAUGCCUAGACUCUAUAGGCAGCCCCACAGAGCUCCAGGUACAAUGACCUGAACGAUACGACCACCUUCUUUCCAUUCACCUAGCAUUUUGCAUCCCAA